GGAAAGUCCUGACAUCGUUAGCGUUACAUCGCUGAAUGCAGCCACAUGCUCUCCCUUGGAUUAUAAAGCCUGCCUUUCUCAAGAACGCCAACCUGUCUAAAAGACUGGAACUGCCCGCUCUUUUGCUGUCACAGUCAUUGCUGCUCUGCCGCCGGACAAGGACACAUCAACCUUCAACACUUCACACCCCAGAGAUCCAAGCGCAGCUUCCACCAACACCUCAAAGUUAACAGAGAUGGAGGGUCACAUGGCGCGGUUUGCCCUGCUUCUGUGCAUCACUGUUGCAGCCUCUGCCUCACGUCAGACAUGUGAUCCAAAGGAGGUUGAUGCCAACCCAUGGAUCUACAUGAGUGAGAUGCUAAUUGGCUGUUGGACCAGCUUCAUCGGCGAGGACAAAACAGAGGUCCACAUCCUUAGCCUCAACUUUGCAGACACGGAUGCCAAGAUGUUCUCUCUGGAGAUGACCAAUGCCAAGCCAAUGAACCUCAUCCUCACAUCGCCAGACAACGCCCACUGCCUGUGCAACAUCAACGCUGAUGUUAACCUCUAUGUAAACAAUGACUCCACAAUUGUCCUUCAUGGUAAUCAACAUCACAACAACGUUCACAAGCAACACUUCCCCACUCAAGAUGAGGAGCUGGUCAAGUGGGCAAGACAGAAGUUCGGGGGUGUGACAUCAUUCACCACAAUCAGAAACCUGAAAACAAUCUCAGCGACAGGAACAAAUGGAACCAAACCUGGCUCUCGUUACUGCACGCUUAAAAAUGAAGAUGCGUCAGAGAAGCACUUUGUGGAGAUUGAAACAGCUUCCUCGUUCAAGUCUUGCUCACCAGAGCAGCAGAACCAGGGUGAUGAGGCUGAGCUUCACAUCAUAAACAUCCCAGAGAAUGCGGGCAUUCGCAAUGUGUCACUUCGCGUGGACAGUAGGAAGACCAGCGUGUUCCUGAGAGGGCCUCAGGGCACCACAUGGACCAUCCUCAAUCCACAACACACCCAGUUUGGUUCUAACAAUGACAUCCUGCUGCCCGCCAUGACACUCAGAAUCCCGCCUUUGCUUACAGUGAACAAUGACAGUGCAGAGAGUGUACAAAGGGAAGCUUUAAAUCAUUUUAAAGCCAGUACUUUCACCAGCUAUACUGAACUGAGACCAGAGGACUCUAUGAUUUUACUGGUUCUCGGAAAAAAAGACAACCCAGCAGUUACAGAAACAGCAACAAAAUCUGUCAUUCCCAUGACAACUAAUGCUCCUCAUCAGAUGCCUCUGUUGAUGCAGCUGUACACCUCCCCAGACUACCGUUCUCCCCUGGAUCCUAACACCAAGGUGCAGAGUGACAAGAGAAUUUAUGCAGAGAUUUCAGGGCACACUUUAGGGGAUAUUGUCUUGACCAUCAAGGUGAUCAGCUGCUUUGUGCGCUCCAAGGGCUCAUGCCCUGUAGUGAAAGAGCUGCCCUUCAUACCAGAGGCCUGCUCCUUAAAUUCUUGUCCCAACAGCACCCGACUCAGCUUCUCCUUAGAUCAGCUCCAAGAGCUGACGUCCACCACAUGGGACCUGGAAUGUUCUGUCAAACUUUGCCACAGUGAGAAAUGUGGAGAUGGAGGAAGAGUGAAGAGGAAUCUUGAGGUUACCCAGCCGUGUCUGCAACCACCAAGCCCACCAUGCUUUGAUUUUGGCCUACCAGGUGUUCUGGGCAUUGCAUUUGGAGGGUUCCUGAUUGGAGUAUUACUUAUUGGAGCACUGUGGUUUAUCAAAAUUAAAACAGGGUACCCAACUGGGCUGGACAUUAGCUCAACUGCAGCAAAUCUUCCUGGAUGUCCCUGCUCAGGAUCAAAACGACAACCUGUUUCUACAAACCCUUCCCCCUCUGAGAACAGCAGCGCCAACGCUAGCAUUGGAAGCACCCAGAGCACACCGACCAGCAGCAUGGCAUGAGAUUAUGGUAAUCUCCACCACCAGCAGGACCACCAUGUCCCUUCAAAGUCACCUAUACGGGUUAUGUGCUUUUGUCUUCUUUAGUAAUGCUUAAAAAGCAUUUCUCCCUUCCCUGCCCUGUCCCUCAAAUUCUCAUUAAAAAGCACAACCCAAGUCUUUGACACACCAAACCUGAAAUGGAUGUGAUCUGGGAGUUUGUAAUGGUGGAUGGGGGGAGGGCGCCGGGUGACGGAUAACAGAAGUCUAAUCAAUGGCUUCUGACGCUUACCUCUGCAGCCUCUCUGUAAAGUCAAGCUCCUAGACAGGAAGUUAAAGAGGGCAAGAGAAAAAAAAAUUGGCUCCCACCAACAGGAAAAACAAACCAUAUCCCCCAAGAGCUAACAGGAAAUUCACUGCAUUCCUUUCAAUGAAUUGUGCUUGUGUGAUGGCAGCACAAUAAUAGUUAGACAGGAGACAAACCAGUCAAAAGACUGACUUUGAAAAACAGAUGAAAAGCUGUUUUGCAUUCACAUCUAAGCUACAAAAAUACGAAGGGCUUUUGGCUAGGUCAGUCCAAAAAGAUAUCAAGAACACCUCGGGGUUUGGAAAGCUCAACAUGUUAGGAUCUCAAACCAGUCAAUGAAAUGCUCACUUCAAGGGGUAUUUGUCUUAAUUGGAGUUCGAGGUCAAUGAAUAACAGCUACCUCCUAUUAUUUGGAAGUCUGGAGCUAAGUUUAAACUUAACACUGGACUUCUCUGGUGAACUGAUCUUAUUUUCCGCCUUUUUUGUUUUUUUGUUAUUUUCUGUCACUUGUGGGUCAUAUGAAACAAAGCUGCAGUGCCAUUUUCAUACUGUCCAAUAGCUGUUUUAGAGCCCUCAUAUCAAAGUCAAGCUUUUUAUCCCCAGAGAGAUAUACUUGAUUUCCUAAUAACUCCACAAAACCAAUCUUAGAUCAUAUUUAUUGCCCAAAGGUAGAAAUACAUUAUGAACCAUUAAUGAAAAAAAAAGUGCUUUCAGUUAUGUGAGCUCAGAGAUAAUCACUCUUGUAAUGAACAUUACAGCAUGCAGAGAUACAUGACUGUAUGCGGAGCUGAGUAAUGGGCCCCUAAUGAGGAGAUAGUGCCAAAACUCUGCAUAUCAGUUUUCAGACCUCAGACUUAUAUAUGGAACUAAGUGCCACUCAUACAGCAACGCCCACAAGGUGGAGUUUCCCCACAAUAGUUUGACUGGAGGUGGAAUUCCAGUACUUUUCCUUUGCACAAUCCAUUCUCACCAGAAUCUGUAAUGAGUCAUUACUGACUGAAAAUUUGUUGUAUUUGUUGUUUUUCGCCACAGAUUUCGUGUUUGUGAUAGCACACGCAAACACAUACAUGGAAAAAGGCAUAUAAAUAUUGCAUUAAAGUGUUUUCACAGACCUAGAUGCAGCUAUUUAUGGUGUAUAAACCAUUACUCUUCCUAUGUUUGAAGACUGACACUAAGCAAGUAUUAACUGUCCGACCUGCCUGCUCAUAUUCAAUGUCUUUUCAUUCAAAAUGUAGCCAGACACUAAUGCUCUGCCCUGUCUUGUGACUGGAGAUGAAUGCCCAGAAGGGAAAGAAUUUUUAGGCCUCUAAUGGAUGUGGUGGAUCACCGGCGCAUUCAGAGACUUUGACAAACAAGCAAUCCUUGAUCCCUGCUACAUCCUCAAGUGUUGCCACCUCGAUGUGAUGAAACUCCUUGAGACCUUCAUUCAUUGUGAAGGUAACCUUAGGUACAAACAGCAGGCUAAAAUAUUCCAGAAUGAAAUUCUCAUUUAAUUAGUAUUUCUUGCACAGAAGGAAAUUAAAUCUGUGGGAUUCAAGGCAAAUGUUUGUUUAAAACAAAUGGGCUAGAAAACCCAAUUUCCAGGUGAAAACUGGCAAACUCAGAUGUGUGGACUCUUUGUAGGUAAUUUUGAUAUAGGUAUACAUCAAAACCCCACAAAAGAGAGAGCUAAACACCUGAAAGCUUCCCAACACUGUUCCCUACCUUUGAACUCAAACUUCCUGUAUAAGUCACCAGCUCUGAAUACAGCCUAUUUGGACUCCGUAGUGUAAUCAAUAGUAACCAUAGUAUAAGACCAUAUUAUCUAUGUACUGUUUGCAACAAAGCAUGUGUCAUCAGUUGUGCUUUAACCUCAUGAAGACGGCUUUAAAAAUCCAACUUUAGCUUCACAUGACAUGCUGAAUGAUAUGGAAGCUGUCAUUUGAGAGAGAUCUUGAGAUUUGCUUGUCAAAAGUAUUAACUUCUGAUCUCUACAUUGGAUAGGCUGCAUCAGCCACUGCAGUGCUAAUGCCAGACAGAAGCUGCAUACAUGCAUAAUGUGGACUUUCAUGAGGGCAACAACUGUAGAGUGACGGUUGAUCCGUGAACCCACUGUUUGUUUCAGUGUACAGAUGUAAAUGUAUUUUAUAUUUUUAUUGUCACUCUUUUACCUCUUUAAAAAUAUUCCCAAGUCUUGUCUUGUGGUGUAAGUAAGCAAUUUGUAUCCACAGUACAUAGCUUUGACACAUACAUCAAAAUUGUGAUGUUAAACUUUUCUUUGUAUACAUUUGACACACUGAUUUUAUUCACUGAUGCAUAUACUGUAUAUUCACACUCCCAGUAGUUACUCACCUUCUGAUUUGGGUUGCCAGAAUAAUUUAUUCACCUUCAAACCUAAUCUCAAAAGCAUCCAACCAACUGUGUUUGUAAAAUGUGUCCUCAUUGCACAUGUGGUCUAUGUAGCUUAUUACCCCUCUCUCACUCAGUGUGUGCGUGCAUGCACGUUUUUCUGUGCAUUCCUGAUUUUGUUUGUGUACUUGUGUCGAGACAGAGAACAAAGAAGGCCAGUACAAAUUGCCACUUGAGUAUUUGUGCAAUAUGAUUAGGUAAACUUGUAUUUAAUGUCAAUAUGUAGGUUUUUUUAUCAUGUUUUUUUUUGUUGUAUGAUCUUCUUAACCUGCUUUGUUCUUUUUUGUAUUUGGAGAACUGGGACAAUUCCUAAUCAAGGCACUUAUCAAAUGCAUAAGAUUUGCUUUGUAUAAUAAUCUUUGUUUUUCAUUCUCGCAUAGAUUUAAGUUCCGAUUACAUUGUAGCCACAGACAGUGCGUGUCACAUCACGUCAAGGACAGAACAUUUGGUUUGUUGGCUCUACCCUGUUUGACUUUUGCCCUUAUGCUAGGAUUCACCCUGCUGUCCAAAAACACGGCAUAUCUCUGUCGAUACUGACAUCCUGACAUUGUAUUGUCUGGAGUUCUCACCACGGGGAAGCCUUCCAGUUGAAGAUUCAACACACGCAAACUUGUCGAUUGCAGGAAAAUUCAGAAUUAUAACAGUGAAAAUGUGGCAGUUUGUGAGAAUGUUUUUUUUUUUUUUUUAUUUUAGUCAAUUGCACCAAUAUUAGAUCCACCUCCACCAAAUGUCAGGUAUUCUGUACCUGUGUUAAACCAGCCCCAUGAGUACCAGGUUCUGUCUGAGCUCUCACUGUAAAAUCAGACAGGCUGUCAGUUAAUUCACUUGUUAACCCUGCAGACGCCUUCCUUACCUGUGACAACUUCCUCCUCCUCAGACACGGUUAAUGAAAUGUGUGUGUGUGUGUGUGCGUGCGCAUGCAUAUACACAGUAUAUUUACUGUAUGUGUGUGUGUGUGUGUGUGUGUGUGUGUGUGCGCGCCUGUGUGUAGGUGUACAAUAGAGACUGUGCCUACAUUUACGUGAGCGGAUUAUUCCUCCAGCCUCUUAACAAUGUCCAUAUUCUGAAUUUUUACCAAAAAAUCUGAAGCCUUAACGACAUGCCAGAAUGUCUGCUUUGUAGUGUUAUUUUUGUGCAAGAGUGGGCAGCCUUUUACCAUUUAAAAUGGGUCUAUUUGUUGAGACAGUACUUAACUGAUGUCAUGUAAUUCUAUGUUGUCUCUGAAGAAAUAUAUGUUUUGUCUGAAAUUAUCUUAAUAAAGUAAAUAAGACAGA